AUGUUGUUUGGAAAUUCUUUGUUUUAAACACAGCUCAGAAAUCUUUCCACAACUACGUUGUGCUCCUCCGUCAUCAUAUUAUUGGUAAUUGGACUCCGGUUCAGAUUAUGUAUCAGGGCCUGGGGUGAAGAAAUCUAUCGGCUUUGGUGUUUAUGUUGCAGCAUUUCUGAGACCAAACGCGACUGCUCGCUGCAGUAGGCCUGAUAUAUUGGUAUUUUGCCCUUCUGACCUCGGUUCUUGUGCAUCAAGUCUGUACUUUGAGACCGCUUUUAAGUCGUCUAUCUGUGAAUCUCAUCGUGUAUAUAUGCUGCAUAAUUGUCUGUCCAACUUUCUAUACAACCUACCUAUCAUGGUACAGGAAUGAACUUCAAGUUUGAUUUAUAGGCGAUAGCCGGCUAUGAGUAGUCUGAGCACUGUGAAGAGUGACGGACGAAGAGAUCGGCCACGUAAAACCACAACAACUCAAAGUCUCAUUACUCAACUCGAGAAGAUUACCAUACGGCCGUCGGAUAUACCGUACAGUAGAUAUUUUCCACGCAAAUCACCAAGAAAUAGACUUGAUCCAAUAUCUACUACGAAAGAGAAACAACGUGCGUUGUGUAACGUUGGUAAAGGUAAAAAUGCGAGACAUUCUAAGAAAGGUAAUAAAUCAGGCAUUAAUCCAACGAUAUACCAAACGACUGCUGGACUUGAGUUUGGUAGACAAGACUGCGAGUGCGUGGGGCAUUAUUCUCGACUGAGCAGUGAAUUUGGCAUAGGCCUAUGUGGAAAACUUAGCUGUAUAGACGUUAAGAAAAGGCGAGUUUUUGGUACGAGUAGUCUGCCUCUUUUAAAUGAAAUCCAAGUUGACGCAAACUUGAACAGUAAGGUCAUAUUAAAGCAUUCGUAUUCUUGGCCAUUGUUACAUAGCGAAGGAAUAUCAUUGUUUUCCCUGGAUACCACCGAACUCACGAAGUCUCCUGUUAACUCAGACUCUCCAAUGUCAAAAACAGUAGAUGCAUCGAAACAUCAGCUAGACAAAAGCAAUGAAACCGAACAGUGUGAUAUCAACCGAAAUGAAAGGUCCACUAAACAUCAUCGAGAAAGGCCGACUGAUAAAAUAAAAUCGAAGAGAAAAAGCAGCAAAGAUCGAUAUCACAAUACUCGCCCUAAACCGCCAUCUUGGCAAAAUUUUACAACUGUUGUAGAGGAAUGUAUAUUAGAUAAUGAAAAAUCAAGAUUUGAAUUAAGUUCGGCUGAUGGGUCGGACGUAAAGACGAAGGUCAGACGCGCAAGUUCAGGAGAGAUAAUAACGGAUAAAAGACAUCGUUCGAACAUUCGUAGGACACAUAGUAUGGUUAUUGACACGUCAGAAAUGCCAGAAGCUUCAAACCUUGUAGUACCUUUAGCACAGAGUAAACCUCAUGAAUUUAAACUAAGGGAAAAAGAAUUUGACGAUAUAUUAUACAUGGAAGAGAACGAACAGCGAUGCCGUGAUUGGUUAAAAACGUUAGAAAGUGCCGAGUUUAAACCUCAUUCAUUGAUGGCGCCGGACAAAAAACCUGAGCGAAUAUUAUCGUCGAAUAAUGACAUGGUCACGUGUGACUUGGAAUUAGCAGAAGAUAAAUGGGACUUUCUGAUUUCGCCAUACCCAAAAGGAAAAAAGAACGCAGGAGGCCUUUAAGAACAUGUGACGGACGAUCAAUGGUAUUGUUUCUUCCGUCCGGAAUUUCUGAGUUUACUCUUACUUACUUUUUUUUCACAAGAUUUUUUUUAACACAAAUGCUGUAUUAUUAUCGCCUUGUUGCUGAUUAAAAAAUCAAUGAUUCGUCCUGUUAUGACGCAUUAAAAUUUUCCCCUCCAGGUUUGAUGCCAAUAUUAAUUCACCUUGGAAUAUGCUCAUAGGCUUAAGCAUUGCUCAUAAAAAAUCGAAACAAAAAAGCCUCAAAAAUAAAAUUUGAUGUUUGGAGCUGUAGCGUGGUAGUUAACCAUAGUGUAUCAAUAAGUCGUGGCUAUACCCAGGGGUGGAUCUAGAGAAUUUCUGACGGGGGUGGGGGGCACAAAAUAAAAUUCACGCCGCCACGCCCACCUCAGCCCCACCAUGGCUAGUGUAAAUACAGUAAGUGGUAAAUAAUCGAGCUCUCCUUUCACCCACUGCUGGAUCACCACUGAACUCAUGGGUGCACACUCCCUUUUUUGUUCUUUCUAGCUCUCUGUAACUAAAAUGUUUCCCUCUUUUUUAUUUUUCGGCUGGGGUGGGGUGGCCUCAUGCCCCCCCCCCCCCACUGGAUCCGCCACUGAUACCAACCAGUACACUGUCCACAGAUUCUCCUUCUUGUUUCUGAUAUAUGAAGCCCUGUCUUUCGCUGUCUUAGCCAUAUAUUCCUUAACUUGACUGACUAGUUCUAGUGGCGGAUCCAGGAAUUCGAAUAGAGGGGGCCUAGGGAGGAAAUUUCAGAGAUCAGGAGUGUAGACCACCUCAGCUAUGAUUGCGCAUCACUAGAUGGCCGGAAAUGGCACUCUUAGAGACCUAAAUUGGAUUAAUAUAUUUCCUUUUUUUUCUAUCCUUUUUUAAUUUUGAAAAACUUAAGGGACCCGGGCCGGCUCACCCCCUUCCAUUGAAUCCACUACUGGGUUCAAGGUUUAGCCAGGUUGUCAUGCCUUCUAUUUGUUACUGAGAUUUAUCGAAACGAAAGGAAGCAAACCCCAAUUAUUGACCAUUGCAGGAGUACUGUAUCUUAAUGUUUUUAAUAUUUUAAGUGGAUACGUUUACGGACAUCAAAGCUAUAAUGUCAAUAUUAAUUUACAUUAGAAUAUGCUCAUAGGCUUAUGCACUGCUCAUAAAAAAUCGUCAAAAUUGAAAUUUGGUAUGUAGCUAGGUACUUAACAUGCUCUCUGCAAUUCAAGUUCAAGUCCUGGUGACGAAAAAUUAGUACUCCACUCACGAAUCCACAUAACGAGACUUGAGGCUUUAUAUGCAUUGUCUUUAUCUUUUGGAAAGGACUGCCACUUAUAAUGCAAUGAUUUUAGGAUGGCUAUUUGCAAUCCUUGGCCUCUAUGUAUUAGCCACGGAUCAGUAGUUUACAGACGUCUUACACUGUACAAAAAUCUUUAAAUUUGCUGAGAUAUCAGUUCAAGCAAUGGCGGAUCCAGGAAUUUAUAAGAAGGGGCCCAGAGAGGGACUUUCACAGAUGGAGGGUCUAUAUAUACACCAUAAAGGUUGGGGCUGAGGAAAGAGAAUGUAUGAUUAUGGCACCUCUAGAGGCCGAAAAUGGCACUUAUAGACUCAGAAUUUUCUUUUUGUCCUCAAUUCUUUUUUAAAUUUUGAAAAAUUUGGGGAGGGGCUCCCCCACCCCCUUGAAUCCGCCACUGUAUAAUUAUCAAAAGACUGGUGAAUUGCACUAUCCAAAAAACAAACGUCCGUUAUUAAUUGGCAAGGUAGUUUUUCUCAAUCUAAUUUUGAGUUGAAAGUUAAUAACUAAUUGAAAUGUACGAAGUAAGGAAUUCAUUUUUUUAAAUUUCUUAUUCAUGUUUUUUGGAUUUUUAUAAAAGUGUAUUUUUAAAUGGACGUGUAAAGAUGCACCAAACCAUGAAUAGAUGUAAGCCUACGGUAUAUAUGAAUCUUCUGUAUUUACUAUCAAUAUCAAACAAAAACCGACAAGGACGUCAUUAAGGUAAGUCUGAUUUCCAUAACAUCGCUACAUUGGGUUUAGUCCGCAAUGGGGACGUCUCCCCGAUUCGACCCGACAUGUCACAUCGCCGACAGCAGUCGGCGAGAGCGUGUAGCAAUUUUAUGGAAACUGACUUCAAAGUUGAACAGUGCUUUUAAAACAAUGACUCCAGUACCAAUGGUUCUACACCGAUUAUCCAGUAAUAAUUUUACUUCACAGAAACAUUAUAUAUCUUCUUGAUUUAAUCAUUUUUGACACUUAAAACUUGCCGUUUAUGAUACCAUAUCUAGAAAUUUAUGUAAUAAAAAACAAGCAAAACA